AUGUCUCACAAUAAUUGGAUGAAUUUUGCUAACAAAACAGAUGCGCUACUCUCUUCCUGUUAUAUUAUAAAAGCAGCAGAGAAGUUUAUCCCUAUUCAUCACUCUUCACAACAUGCACGUGACCUGAGGCCUAAAACACUUAAAAAAGUUUACUAG